AAUGCAAAGGCUGUCUCACUUGUUGGCACAUUUCAGCAGCCUCCGUUCCCAGGGGUUUAAGAACCGCCCUCUAGAGGCAGCCCUCCUUGCUAGUCUGGGACUUCCCGGUGGAGUGAGGAACCCAGCAACACGCUCCUGACUUCCCUUCCCAAGGACUCGACCUGAGAACCGCCAUGUACUCGGAGAUCCAGAGGGAGCGGGCAGACAUCGGGGGCCUGAUGGCCCGGCCAGAAUACAGAGAGUGGAAUCCGGAGCUCAUCAAGCCCAAGAAGCUGCUGAACCCCGUGAAGGCCUCUCGGAGUCACCAGGAGCUCCACCGGGAGCUGCUCAUGAACCACAGAAGGGGCCUUGGUGUGGACAGCAAGCCAGAGCUGCAGCGUGUCCUAGAGCACCGCCGGCGGAACCAGCUCAUCAAGAAGAAGAAGGAGGAGCUGGAAGCCAAGCGGCUGCAGUGCCCCUUUGAGCAGGAGCUGCUGAGACGGCAGCAGAGGCUGAACCAGCUGGAAAAACCACCGGAGAAGGAAGAGGAUCACGCCCCCGAGUUUAUUAAAGUCAGGGAAAACCUGCGGAGAAUUGCCACACUGACCAGCGAAGAGAGACAGCUGUAGGGCCAGCUGCCGGGCUCAGGCCACCGCCCACCCUGGCCUGGACAGCCUCCUUCAGCCCUUCUGCACCUGGUAGCCCCGGGCCCCAGGCCCUGGGACGUCUGUGAUGUUCCCACCUGCUUCUGUAGAAAUGUGUCACCCCAGAGGGCCUGGCUCUCCCUGGGAGGCUGGGGUCCCUAAGCUCCUAGGCUUUUCCUUCCAAGCACCCAGCCCUCCUGCUCCAAGAGGGAUAACCUGCACCCCUCCCUGCAGGGGGUUCUGAGCCCAGCACAGGAGCUUUCUCUGGCAGAAUUGAGGAGGAAGAGGUGGCCCUCUGACUUGACAAGCCUUCUGUUCUGCCCAGGCCUUCCCACCAGGAAUCUCCGAGGCUCCCCAGGGCCCCGCUUCUCCGUGCACCCCAGCUCCUAGGUCUCAGAGAACUCCCCCACCUGUGGUUUUACCUGCAGCCAGCAGAGCUUAGCUUCAAGGACACCUGCCUUCAAAGCCACUGAGGGGAGGAAGGGCAAGGCAGACUGCAGGUGGCCUUGUUGCUGGCAUCCUGACCAGGUGGGCGGGGACUAGCAAAGACAGCUGUUUAGGGUCUUCUCCCCUCACCCAUGCUUUCAUCAUCCCCUCCGCACAGCCUCCCUGUCCAGGCCUUCUAACCACACCUAGCCAGGGCUGCCGCAUUCCUGCACUCAGAAGUCUGCAGCAGUGCCUCACAAACUUGAUUGUUCAUAAAAAUCACUGGGGAUCUUGUUAAUACAGCUUCUAAUUCAAUAGAUCUGGGAGAUCCUGCAUUUCUAACAAGCUCCCAGCUAAGGUGGAGGCUGCUGGUGUGAGGACCUUGCUGUGAGCAGCAGGGCGAGAGUGCCCAGGGCUGAUAUAUAUUGGAAAUAUCACCCCUGAAGCCAUCGCUGGCCCCCACCUCCUGUGGACUGAUGCCCCAGGGAUUCCCACCCCACUUCUGCAACCCCAGGUAUUCUUCAUUAUCCACCCCAUCCCAGACUCCCACCCCAGGGAUUGCCCGUGAAGACUUUGGCCUAGCAAAUUGUGUUGGUUAUGUGAGUGUUGUUUUAAUCAGAGAUGUAUGUGAUUGCCAAUCUGCAUUUCUUACCAGUGUGACCACACUGUUACGAUGCAAUUCUAGCCAAAAAAAAAAAAAUUUUUUUUUUUUACUUUUUCCUAGUCUUAUGGAAAGCAAAUAUACAAUGAUUUUCAGUAGGCUUCUGGAAUAGAAACAGUGGUUUGAAGACCCCACUGCCACCUUUAUGGACUGGCCCCUUUGAGUCUGAAUCCCCGGCCUCUGUCACCUGAGACCCAACCCCUAGCUGGGCCAACUCCAGUGAAUUCACCCAUUUUUCUUCUUCAGAAGGCUUUUCCUGUGUGAGACCCACAUAUUUUAACUUUUUGCUCCUAUCCUAUUUUUAAAGAAUUAGAGAAUAAACCAGGCCUGUUUCUUUUCCCCUGAAAUCCCUGCCUCUGGCUUCCUAAACCCAUCAUCUAAGGUGACAGAGCAGUGCUGGAAUAGCAUCUCCUUUCACUUUCCCAAAACUGCCACAAAUAGCUGCCACUGGCAUGCUCUUUGAUUCCUGGAAGCAAACGUGGGACUGUCGGAGGAAAGGGAUUGUUCUGGUCUUACUCAUAACUGGGUGGUUUGAGGGUGACUGAAGUCGUGCUUUUCCUGUGUGUGCUGCCAGCACAGGGCUGUAAAUGCAGAUAUUCCGCCUGUGUGCAUGUGUAUAAGUCAAGCUCCAAGAGGCUCCUGAAUGUGACUGGCGUGCUGAGAAUGUGUUUACGCUGUUUAAUGUCUGCCAGGUGAGGGUUACGCUGAAGAUGCACAAUCCCUAAAAUAAAGAUCACCACCUCCCCAAAGAAGCAGCCCUCGGGUCCAUGUGUUGUUCAGACUGUGAAGAGAAGCAAGACAGAGGGUCUCAGAUGGACGAGGGCUCUCCAAGGGAAUGCCUGGGGAUUCACCCAGUGGUCCCCAGAGGUGCUCCAUGGAGGCAACAAGUCAUUCCAUGAAGCCCCAGAAGUAGAAGGGACCUCAAGCACCACGCCCUCCAGGGCAGCCGUGCAGACGACCUUGGUUCACUUUUCAGGGGUCGUCCCAACUCUGUAUCUCCAGCCACUCCAACUGUGGAGGCUGUAAAUCCAGAUUUUCACUGUUCCAGUCUCCUUUGCAGCUUAGGAUGGCUAUGUGAUCAGGUGUGGCCAAUGAAAUUGAAGAGGAAGUCUACCUGGGCUUCUGGGAAAGCUUUUCCAAUAAAAGACAUAGGCAUGGCUAACACCUCCCUGGGCCUCUUCUUUCUACCUUGAUUGAGGGUGUGAUGCCUGGAGCCACAGCAGCCACUUUGCUACCAUGACAAAAAGGCCAAGAGAAUCACAGAGUCAUUGACCCUAUCAUUAUUUCACCAAGCCAAUACCAGCCACCAUCCUUCUCCAGAAUUCUUGUAAAUAAAAUAAAUCCCUCUUUGUUUAAACCA